AGGGAUGGCAACUAAGAAACCAUGCGCGGAUUUAACAAAAAGGAGCCGAAGUCCCGUCGUGCUGGAAGCAGAGAUGUUCAGCGAAUUUCAGGACUGGUGUCUCCGGACUUACGGAGACUCGGGUAAAACAAAGACCGUGACGCGCCGAAAAUACAACAAAAUCAUGCAGACCCUGCUACAGAACGAGGAGUCGGACGGUGUCUAUGUCGACAACAGCCACAUCAACGCCAAAUUUAAAUUCUGGGUGAAGUCCAAAGGCUUUCAGGUCGGCAGCAACAUCUUGGGCGAGCACAACAAGAAAGAGCCAUCGGGGAAGCCCGUCCUGUACGUCCCUGUCAAGUCUACGUGUUCAGAUGGAGGGGCAGCCCAGGACAGCUCUUUGAAGCGGGUUGCUGUGGUGGAGGAUUUUUUUGAUAUCAUCUAUGCCAUGCACGUCGAGAUGGGGGCAGAUCCCGGACGAGCACCCAAACACGCCGGCCAGAAAAAGACCUAUAAGGCGAUUGCAGAGACCUACGCAUUUCUUCCACGUGAGGCGGUGACCCGUUUCUUGAUGAGCUGUGGAGAAUGCCAGAAAAGGAUGCACAUCAACCCCAGCACAGCGGAGUUCAAAGAGAACGACCGGCCCACCUCUCUGGUCCCAGACCUCAUCGAUUACAACAUGCCUCUGACUGCCACCUAUCUAAAACAGAUGAAACUACAGUGCAUGAACACCAAUGAGCAGGAUGAGAGUUCGGUAAGCAGUGAGGAUUUGGACAUGGCUGAGCCCGCGUGGGUCUCUACUGAGCGUGCUCCAGCCGCAGAGCCCAGCAGCCCCACCGCCCCAUACACAGAGAGGAUGCCUACACCCCCACAGCCCAGCAUUAAAGAGGAAGAAGAUGAUUCCUCUUCAGAGAAUGGCAGCACAGCUAACGGUCUGCCUGCACUGACUCCGCCUGGCGGUGCUGCCAUGGCGACAGGAGGAGUUCCUGCAUCUGAGGGGGUGGUUCCAUACGGAGAGGUGAAUGGUAAUGGUGCCGCAGCGCCGCUGGACUUCAGCACCACUUCAUCGUCCUCUUCCUCGCAGGAGGGACAGCAGCCUGUCAACCUGAGCGACAGACUCACGCUCGGAUCCUACACAUCUGACCCCAACAGAAAAUUCCCUGUCAAAACUGAGUACGGUAACAAGUCCCCUCAGUACAGCUCAGGAAGCUAUGACUCUGUGAAGACGGAACUGAGCACGUGCGGGGAGGACAUGACCCCGGGCCGCUCACAGGUCAUAGACGAUGAUGACGACGAUCACGAUGACCAUGACGACAGCGACAAGAUAAAUGACGCUGAGGGACUGGACCCUGAACGACUUAAAGCUUUUAAUAUGUUUGUGCGGUUGUUUGUGGAUGAGAACUUAGACCGGAUGGUUCCAAUCUCAAAGCAGCCCAAAGAGAAAAUCCAGGCAAUCAUCGAGUCCUGUAGCCGCCAGUUCCCAGAGUUCCAAGAACGUGCUCGCAAACGUAUCCGAACCUACCUCAAAUCCUGUCGCCGCAUGAAGAAGGGUGGCUUUGAGACACGGCCCACACCCCCUCACCUCACCUCCGCCAUGGCUGAGAACAUCCUUGCAGCAGCAUGUGAGAGCGAAACACGGAAUGCUGCUAAGAGGAUGCGCCUUGACAUCUAUCAGGCCCAUGAUGAGUCAGUUGCAGCAGACAAGCCAAACUCCAGAGAUCCAGCUGCUCUGGCGCACUCAGGCUUCACACUGGCCGCCUCGGCCUACUCCCAGGACCAACUCUACACCAAUGGUGGACUUAAUUACAGUUUCCGUGGAUACGGGACCAUUGGAAACAGCCUCCAAAACAAUGGCACAUCACAAACCAAUGGUCCCACUGAUCUCAGUAUGAAAUCUUUGGCGUCCAACAGCACUUCCUCCUCUAGUUCAAACAGUCAUGGUCAGGGUGGAGGGGGCGGAGGGGCAUCUGCCCAGCUCAGCCCGCCUGAGGUCACGGCUGUUCGGCAACUGAUUGCGGGUUACCGUGAGUCUGCGGCCUUCCUGCUCCGCUCUGCUGAUGAGCUUGAGAACCUCAUACUGCAGCAGAACUGAGAACUGCACACAGGCUGGUGCUGCCCAUCUCUCUCAUUAAUAUACACAUAAAUGCACAGGAAAGAUACAUGUAGCUAUGUGCACUUACAUACAUAUACACCUAAAGCCCAUAGGCGGAGUUUGACACCACUUAGGGGGAGCAAAAUGGGGGGAUCACAAGAAGCUGGAUCUGAAACGCAUAUACAGGGUACAAAACUAAGAACAUUUACCAGCCAUAAUAAUCUCAGGUUCACUGGCCAUGAACCUGUAUUUUAUUUAAAUGUAAAUUAUUUAUUAUUAUUAUUGCAUAUUUUCAGUAAAAAGCAAAGCACAGGUCAUUUUUUCACUUGCUGCACCAUAUAUUGGCCAAAUUUUAUAUGAAACGCUACCUCUCAUAAAAACUUUAAAGUAAUUAUGGGGCUCUUAGAUAAAAACCUUGAGGUCUUUCUUGCAGUGUAACCAUGAAUAACUGGUAACUUUAUUUGGAACGGCAACAUAAUACAUGGAUUUUAUUUGAAUAUUUUUUUCACUGUAGUAAAAUGUUAAAAUAAAGUCCAUGUAUUAUGUUACCAUUCUAAAUAAAAUUACCAGCCAAGUUUUACUUGCAUUUGGCACUUGGUAAGUAUUUAUUUUUGGCUGAUACUAUAUAAGGUGCUUUACACAGACUUGUUAAUGGACAUAGAGGGAAUAAAUGUACUCAAACAGAAAUGGCAGUCACUAGAAUCAAUGUUUAAGACAUUUGAAGUAUCUUGUUGAUUCUUGUGCACAAAGCAAACACAAUUUAUUGACACAGAACAAGAAAAAUUUAAUUUUGCCCACAACAAUAUAAUUAAUAAAAAGAUCAUAUAUUUAUUAAUAUAAUUUAUUAAACAAUUUAAUAUAAUUUAUUAAUGUAUUUAUGAAGAUAACUAUUUCGAAGCAAAGAUAAAACAGUUUCAGACACUUGAACCCCCCACAAACUCUGCCUAUGCUCUUUCUAUAAACCUACCUAUCACACAUUGCUCAUGACAGCUUUAUGUCCAUGAUAGUGUCUUUAUCAAAUUUCCUUACCUUAGAGUCCAGCGAGGCUUAAUCCUUUUCGGAGGGCUGAGAUGACUUGUUAAACGUUGUUUUAUGAUGAUAUGAUCAGAACACAAAGCAAAGGGUGUCUGUACUCACAGCAGCAUUGCAAGCGUCUUGCACAGAGCACAAUCACACAGUGAGAGCUAUCAGUCCCACCACAGAGAGUCCAGACUUUUGAGACACACACAAAAAAAAAAUUGCCGUAAAUUUAGGAGUGAUGCUCAAAACAUAAACAAAAUGAUGUCCUCUCCUGCCUAAAGUUUACACUAUGGCACAAAAUAUUACUGUCAGAUUAGAUUUCUAUAUGUCAACGGCAUCUUGUUUUAUAGAAUUUUAAAAGUUCCUCAGAUGUUUAAGUUGUUCUCUUACCAUAGACAUAUCCAUGCAGCAGCUUUGCUCCUGAUUUAGCCAUUUUAGAUAUAUAACAGAUCUAAGAGAAAAAGGGUUUCGUAAGAUCUCUCUUCUUCUGUUCAAUGCUAUUGAGGUUUGGGGAGAAGGUGCAAUGUAGAUGAUAAUCGUUAUAGUGUGUCAGUGUCUGAAAAUCCAUCAUUUUCAAUCAUAAACACAUUACCAGAUGUCUUUUGUUUAUAUAUAUAUAUAUAUAUAUAUAUAUAUAUAUUCCUCAUUCAAAUAUAAGAAAUUUCAUCCUAGCUUACACAUGCACACUUAAAAGUCUACUAAAAGAAACCGUGAUUAGUGAGUGCAAAAAAGAAGAUGCUGAAAUUCUAUUGGCUGGGAAUGUUGGACAUUAUGCAAAUGAAGCUGUGCUGAGUGGAAGCUUUGAACCCUUUCCUACAUGCUCAAUUGCCUUGGCAAACGUCCAUCCUCAGCACAUCCAUGCACUGUAGGAAAAUAUCUCACAGGAACACGAGUGACAUCGACCUCCCAGACAGGAGGGCCAUAGAUGGACUUGUUAAAAAAAAAAUCGAAAAAAAAAGAACAAGUACUGCAUUUCCCAUGCUGCAUUGCGUCGCAAACACAUUCUGUUAAGUUGUGAAUGCUGCUCUUUUUUUCUAACCUCAUGACUGAGACACUUUCAUCUUCACGGGGACCAAUCAAAACAGAGGGACUUAACAUCAUAUUGGCACACAUACUGUAUAUGCAUACUGAGUUUGAGAGAAAGGACCUAACAUUAGCAGAAGGGAAACAACAGUGACAUCCUUUACUUUCAGUCAGCAACACCCAAGAGCUUGAGAGGCAUUGAUUGGUGGACUAAGGUAGCAUCAUCCACAGGAACCGAGUGCAGAACACUGACGAUGCAUUGCCCCUCAAACACCAGCCUCACUCUUCCUCCUGCCUGCAUUUUCUCAUGUUCACAAAUGCCAUUGUUAAAAAACUGUAUUUAAAAAAAAAAGCAAAAGACAAUCCUGAACAAUUGUGACUUGAUCCCUCGGAAAACGGCAUAGCGUUGUGUGAGAUCUCACUCUGACUCUCUAGCCUUUAGUGGAGUGGUGACAAUACAGGGCCUUCAAGUCUUGUAGCCAUAGCUUGAACCGUGUCCUCACUCUGCAACAUGAUUAUGCGGAACAGAGCAUUUUCCUCUGUUUAGCUGCAAACAUUCUUUUUUUAUUAUCUGGAUAUAUUUAUUUCUGUCUUGCCAUUCCAAGAUUGUGCUUUAGUUGUUGUUUUGUGUUAACGUUUUUAUUUAGUAAAUGAAAUUCAAUUUUUGUUUUCUUUUCCUUUAAAAACUCCGGUUGUGGGACACUGACAGUCUGAAGGGAAUCAAUGUCACGAGUCUCAACAUUCCAAAUGUAAAACAUGCAUCUUAGGUUGGUCUCCAAAUGACUGAAUACGACAUCCAAAUGACGCAACUUCUAAAGAGAAAAACUCUAAGUUGUCUUCGACAGCUUAGUUUUGAUACAUGGCUCAAAGCCUGCUUAUUACCUCUUACUUGUUUCUCAUUGACAUAGAUUCAUUGAUGAACAGAUGAAACGAUACGUGCAGGAUCAUUAGUUAAUUUAUAUUCAGAUGUCACACUUUAUAAAUGAUUAAAUUGGUUAACAUAGUAGCACUUUACAAUCCGCGAAGGAAAAAUGUUUAUGGGAUGGAGCCUUAAAACCACCUAAAUGAUCCUAAAUUAUGAAAUGCAGCUGAUCAUUCUCAAGCCAUAAUGUUCUGUCUUUAUUUGCUCUGCAUUGUAAUUAUUUGUUCCAUGCAGGAGAAUGUGAACCCGUCAAGCAUUGCGCUUUAAGUUGAGAAAAGAAAAAUGUAUCUGGGCUUAUUCUAAUUUAUGGUGAUUGCAAGAAAGCGAGCAUUUGAAUUUACCUACACCAUAAAUAUGUUGGUGUAUUGAGAGUUCAAAGGUUGUACCAGGCCAUUGAUCUUUGUUUGCUCUGACUUUUUUGUUCCUUGUUUUGCACCUUUUUGUUUCUAAAAAACAUUAGAAGUGUAAGAUUUUUAGGAAGCUGUCUGGACAUCUGAGGCUGGUGAACACAUGAAAAGAAAAAGGAAAAGGCAAGAAAUUCUACAACUUUUAUUUUUAAACCGUGCAGCUAAACUCUGCAAUCAAAUGUGGUAACAACCAUUGCCUGUGAUAUAUUUUAAUUUUGUGGUGCUUUGUAAUCUUAUUAUGAUUAUGGUAUUUUAUUUGUUUUUACUCCUGUACUUACUAGAAACUGUAGACUGAAGCUCAGUUUCUCUUUGUAUACCAAUGUGAAGCUUUGUAUGAUUUCUUUCUGGUUUUUUGACUCAGUGGAAGUGUGUGAUGUUUACAUGUACAGAAUUUAAAAAUAAUUUUGUUGUUGCUUUCAUUUCUCUUGUUGUUGGUUUUGUUUGUCCUAGUAAAGCCCCGCCUAUCGUCCUGUUGUGACCCCACAAUGUGCUUUUUACUUUAAAUCAAAUCUGAAUGGAGGAGAACAUGGACAUGCUGAACUUAAACCACAGUAAAGGCCUUUGCACACUUUUGUGCAUCAAUCUCUGUAUAUUUAUUUUCUUAAGUUGUUGCUUUAAUCCAUGCAAAUGUGUUUUUUUUAAGACAAUUAAGAACAUUAUGUAAAUUGUGAGUUAUUAGCUAUGCUUUUGUUUUUUCCUUUGUCAAACUUCAGUUUCACCUCCAGUACAAAACGUUGUCUGUGUAAGGGCCUUUAGACGUGGUUGUCACUACUGUUGGUAGAUGCAGAGGACGAGAGAGAGGAGGGACUUAUCAUCAGCUCAAAGGGCACCACUAAUUUUCUUCUCCACAAAUGUGGGAGUAAAAUGCCCCCUUACAGUAGUCUCUUAGUUAUUUAUGGUUGUUCUAGAGAAAAAGCAAAAGACAAAACUCUUGAUGUCAUGUCAUUUUUUUUUAAAUAUUAUUGGGAAUAUAGAUAAGGGGCAUCGUGUUUGGGACGGGGCAGAUCCACCCAACUCAUAAACCAACUGACCUGUGCUCUUUGACCUCAGUCAGAAGCCUCUCAGUGAGUCAGAAAGCCAUUCCCCUUACACUGUUCUUAUGUACGGGACACAUGCAAACCUCAGGAACCCUUUGGACCGGUGUUAUUUUUUUUAACCAGGUCUGUACGUCUGUGCUGACGAGUCCUCCCUCUCUCCAAUAUCAACCCAGUUAUAUUGGAUUUGCUAUGUAUGUUUUGUUUUUGUUUGUUUUUUUUUUAUAUAUAUUUAUUGUGAUUUUAAAGUGAAUCCAGUACAUGUGGCUGAAUAUUUGAAUUCUUUAGAAAAGUGUUGAUAAACAUAAAUAUAUAUAUAAAUAUAUGUGAAGCGCCUAAAAGAUGGAGAAUAUGGCAGGUGAAAUUCAUUUCUGUUUGUUUAAUGUUAAAACAAAGAAAAGAAGAAAAAAAAUGAAAAAGCACAGGUGGGUGAAUUUCCUGCCUUUUACAUAUCACUUUGCCGAGAGACUCAUUCUAGGACAUUUUAAAGUUUUCGGUGUGGUGUCAUCGCUGUGGUCAGAGAAAGCACCUGCAACCCGAGUUGCUCUUUCCUCCAGAGCUGUCUGAAUAAAAUCUGUGAACUCACAUUGCAGUCUGCCUUUCUUUCAGUGGCCAUGAUCACUAAUUUCUUGUCCUAUGUCAACGGCAUGAAGAGCAGGUGUUUUUAGCUUAGUCUGUUUAUUUCCCUGAGCAGGAUGCACUGUAAAAAUUGAAGCACUUUUUGGAGUUCCUCAGCUCAUCGCCACACUGGUGUUACCAUUGGAGAAGCUCUAGACUGUUUAAUUGGAGCUUAAAACUUUUUCCUUACGAUGGCAUUACCGGAAGAACUGUGGAAGAGUCUUUAGAGUUCUUGCAGGAACUUUCACAGUUUUGAAAACUGCCCUUUUUGAAAAGAGCCUAGAAAUUCUCCUGAGGGUUCUGGUGGGUUUUUUUCCCCGCAAAGUGUUAAAAAACUGCAGCUUUUAUUAUUAUGCAAUGAAAAGAGGCUUCAUACUAUAGGCCUACUGCAUGCAAGUGUACAAAAUGAGAUAAUGUCAUCUACAAGGCAAAUUAGUAGCCUAUCCCAAUUUACCUAAAUUCAUUCUACAUAUUAAAUAAAAUCUAUAAUCUUGCUCACUUUUUG